AUGACGGAUGAUUCAUUAUGUCCCAAGCAAAAUGAUAGUGAUAUCGAAAUGAAUGAAUUACAAAUCCGCUUCAAUCAAACACUCGGGAAGCGUUUCAGUGUAGCGCAGCAGGAUGUACGUGAAGAUGUGCAACAACCACUAAUUAAACGGCGGAAAGAAGGUGAAAAGAAACAACUGGAAAGAGAAGCUGAAAAUAGUAAAAAAGAGCAAAGUAAGGAAAAUGGAGCGGAGAGGGCAGACGAGAAGAUGGAUUAUUUUUGUGAAUCUAAAUAUUCAUUAGUAACUGUGCAAAAGCCAGGCAUUCUCACAGCAGGUUUUGCAUGCAUUGAAAAAGUUGUCUUGAAACAGCUGUUAAAAUCAAUGAAACCUCAGGAAUUUAUUGAGAAAUACGCUCUUAUCGAUUGUCGAUAUCCAUACGAAUAUGAAGGUGGACACAUUAAGGGAGCAUUAAACAUUUAUGAUCCUGUGGAACUGGAAAACACAUUCUUCCCUAAAUGUUCAGCUGCAUUUAAAAUUAUGCUUAAAAAAUUCCGAUAUUUUACUGCGAAUAUUCAAGUGCUCGAGGGCCAAUGCUGUAACGCAUCACAUUUACGGAAAAGUGACCGCGUCCGGAAUUAUGCCAACUAUCCAUUUCUUUAUUACAAUGAAAUUUACGUUUUACAAGGAGGCUAUAAUUCUUUUUACAGUACUGAUGACGACUGUUUCAAGGAUUUAUGUGAGCCAACAGGUUAUGUUUCUAUGCGAGAUAAGAAGCAUUCAUAUGCGCUCAAAAUAUACCACACGCGCAGCAUACGGAAUGGGGUUGGUUUCGAAACCGGAAUGUUCCAAACAGCAGUGAUAAGAAAAAAUGACUUUCGCCGGACAUACUCAGUUCCACAAAUGCCGGAAUCACCAACUGCUUCAGAAUUCUCUUCUGCACGAUCUCCCGAAAAGUUUCAUCCUGAAUGUUCUACAAUACCGAUGCUUGCUAAUCCACGCACACCAACCGGACGCAAAAACAGUCGUUGA